UCGCUAUUAUGCAUUAACAACAAAUAUAUGAAAUUCUCGGUGAACAAUCAAUUAAUCCUCCAACAAAUAUGGAUCCCUGCAAGUACCGCAAUUACAUGGACGAGAUGCUCGAAAUAAUUGACGAGAUCGGAUGCCGAAAACCCGAACCGGAAGUAUGCAACGUCAGAUGCCCGCCUCUAGGUUGUCCACGAGGACCUUGUCCAGGGAUGUGCUGUUAUCAGGAAGACUGCGAUCCUUGUUGCAUAUCAAAAAUGCCUUGCUGUCCACCACCUCCUCAACCCCCUGCUUGUCGAGCACCUCCGUUGUGCUGCUUAAAAGCCUACGCCAAGGCAGUCGGCUACCCUCCAGAAUCUCCUCUUUCUCCACCUUGUGCACGAAUAAGUCGUAAACUUUGCGUCGAAAUGCUCGAUAAAAUUUGUCGUCCUCCAUCAGUUUGCACCACCGUACCCUAUUGCCCAUCGCCUUGCUGCACAGUACCACCUUGCAACCCCUAUCCAUGCUGUUAAUUAACAUCCUUAACAAUUUAUUAUUCAAGCGAAUAAUAGUGUUCCGUGGUUGAAUGGAGAAUCGAUACUUUACGAGAGAAAAAUUGUCGCGUAUAUCUGAAAUUUUUGUGCAAUAUUAGAGAGGGAUUUUGAUAAGUCCGAUUCUCAGAGUUGUACACUGUACUUAUGGACGUUUCAUGGAAAUA